ACGAAUCCAUGGUAUGUUCUGAUAUGAAACCCAUUUGGAUUCCGCUCUCGACCCUUAUAAUGCCCGCUGUCUCUCAAUUGAACUCGAUAUCUGGACUGGAGCACUCGACAUGGACUCGAACAUCUUCCGCGCCAGUGUUCGUUAUUUUCGCUACGUACUCCUCGCUGUGUUGGGCCGGUACUUUUUUACAGGACGUACUCAGUCGUACUCCGAGUACCGUCGUGUCCCCGAAUUCGAGGAGGAGAAGGUAUCUGAAAAGAUAUCUGAGCAUGUAGCUGCCUCGAAGCACAGUUUCGGCGUAAAGGUAGAUGCUCCGUUUACGUGUGUUCAUCAUGCUUUCGCGUCUGCAGUUCGCGCAAACCCUUCGCAGAGAGCCGUCGUUGACCACCUAGGGAAUUCCAUGUCCUAUGCCGACCUCGACUAUCUUUCGUCGCUCCUUGCUUCGUAUCUAAGAGCCCAUGGUGUUCGCCCAGGGUGUCUCGUCGCUCUUGUCGCACAGCGUUCAAUUGCUCAGGUGGUCGCCAUCUUUGGAAUCUUGCGCGCUGGCGCGGCAUACAUUCCAUUGGAUGGUGACAUCACCAGGGAUGAUACACUUCAAAGUAUCAUGCUCGAUGCAAAUCCCACAUUCGUUCUAGUCUCCAAAGGAUGUAUCUCUCGCACCAGCCUACUCAGUCAUCCCUACGGAUGCAUCGAAGAUGUACUUCACUCCAUCAGAGAUUAUCCUCUUGACGCGGUUGAGGAUCUAUCUCGAGGCUCUGAUACCGCCUACAUAAUAUUCACAUCGGGUACCACCGGCAAGCCUAAAGGUGUCAUGGUCAGUCAUUCGAACGUCACCAACCUACUCUCAUUGUCGCCUGGGAAUUUGCACAUCAAACCUGGAGUUAAAGUGGCACAGCUCCUUAAUAUAGCCUUCGAUAUGUGCGCAUGGGAAACUCUCGGGUGUCUAAUGAAUGGAGGGACUUUGUAUUUACGGGGCCCUCGACGAGCAGAUUGGAUCAAGGUUAUGAAGACGGUGGAUGUUAUAAUCGCUACUCCGUCUAUACUGAUUCCCCACGACCCCUCCGAUUUUCCCAAUGUUCGAGUGGUUGCUACGGCCGGAGAGCCUUGCCCCCAAUCAUUGGCGGACAAGUGGGCCUCUCAAGCGACUUUCUACAAUUGUUGUGGACCUACCGAGACGACGAUAGUCAACACGAUGCAUAAACAUGCUCCUUACACACCGCUUUCCAUUGGCAAGCCAACCGCGAAUAACAGCGUCUAUGUCCUGAAUGAGCUGUUGCGGCCUGUACCUUUCGGGACCGCUGGCGUUAUGUGGGCCGGCGGGAAAGGUAUCUCGAAAGGAUACUUCGGACUAGAUGAACUGACUUCCCAACGAUACCUCAAAGAUCCCUUCAUUCCUGGCGGGAUAAUGUAUAAUACUGGCGACAUCGGAAAAUGGAGAGAAGACGGCUCUCUUGACCAUUUAGGUCGCGUCGACGAUCAAGUUAAGAUCAAAGGCUUCCGCGUAGAGUUGGAUGGCAUCAGUGCGGCUAUGCAAUCUUACCCCACGGUUACGGGUGCAUGCGCAGUAUUGAUUGGUGACGAACUUGUCGGAUUAUUCACGCCUUCAUCGGUCGAUGCCAGAAGCGUUCAAGAGGCCGUUUGUAAAAUCUUGCCAUGGUAUUCCGUUCCUUGCAAAUUCCUGUCGAUCCCCGCUUUGCCUUUGACCAAAAACGGCAAGAUAGACAAAACGGAACUCAAGAGCAUCGCUCUUCGUCAGCCAGCAGGUGUGUAGUUUAUUGGUAACGCUAGAUUCCCUCAUUAUGGUACUCUAUCUUUGUGCUUGUGUUGUAUGCUUGUU